CGGAAAGGACAUCAGCAGCAUCAGCAUUAGGCGCCGCCGUGAUACCAGCAGCCGCUUAGCUGUGAGAAAGUGCUGGCCGCUUGGACCAACUCAGUUGUGCUUGCAACCUGCCACGAUACACUUGUGCAAAAUGUAGAACUGAAACACUUAAAAAAAAAAAUAAUAAUAAAAAAUUUUUUUAAUAUAAAUACUAAAAAACUACUCUCAACGGUUGUGCUCAUCGAUCGAAGAUGAUUUUUAGUAAAAUUACGAGUAUAGUUAACGGUUUUCGCUUUUAAAAAUUUUAAAACCACUAACUGAAAUAACCAAGUGCCUUUCGUGUUCCACGUGACAUGAAGCCAAGAAACACCAGGAGCCUUAAGAUACAGAUUUCAGUGCCUUAGAUACGCAAAAAGUUUCUUUAAAAAUAUAUAUAUACAAAUUUUUUUUUUUUUAUAUUGAACGUUGUUACUCAAAAUUGUUUUAAUUUCGUGUGCCUUAAUCGCCGUACAGCCUUAAUAAUGCAAUCGUUGUCGUCUAGAGAUUGCCGCUAAACGUGUUUUUUUUUUUUUAAUAUUGUUUUACACGAAUCUUCGUUGAUCAUAGUCGCGUUUUUAUCAUCGUUCAUCGCUUGUUGUUAAAAAAUAUUCCUUCACCUUUGUACGGUUUUAAAUGCUAUUGCUGUUGUUGUUAUUGUAACUGUAAUUAACUGUUAAGCUUCGGUUAAUGUCGAUAUACUUAUAUGAUAUUUAAAAAAAAAAUAAAUAAAAUAAAUUUUGUUAAUCAAAAAAUCAACGUUACGACGUCAUUUCUGUGCGACGUAGCGUUGUUGGUGUCACAUCACAACGUGCCUCGUCAGUUGUCGGCGAUUCGGAAGCGUUGAACGGCCUAACGGUUAUUAUGUUCUCCACGAAUCGCUCGAUCGAGCUGCAGUAACGAUUUGAAAAAAAUCUUCACACAAUUGCCUUGCGUUUUGUCCGAUGUGCCUUCACGUUUUUAAAAUAAUCAACGACUCAGAGAUGAGUUUGAAUUUUCCAAAGAUGCCUUUUACAACUAAGUCUUUAAUUUUAUUAUUAUCGAAAAACGCAAAAAUCAACAUCACUUACAACAAAAACAACAACAUUCACAUCCAUUCGCACAGAAGAAGAAGAAGAAGAAGAAGAAUCCGAAGCAGAAGCAGAAGCGACGACAGUGACAGCGAUAAAAGCAAAAAUGUCAACAUUAUCGUUGCGCAUCCAGUUGGAGGGUGGCCGCGUCACAAAGACAAUUCAAUUUCAUCCAAAUACAACAGUAUUUGAUGCUUGCAAAAUCAUUCGGGAUAAGUUCGCCGAAGCAGUACAGGGACAACCCAGCGAAUAUGGUCUAUUUAUAUCGGAUGAGCAGCACCAACAGGGCGUUUGGCUGGAAGCCGGCCGCACGCUCGGCUAUUACAUACUCCAUAAUCAGGACACCCUAGAGUACCGACGCAAACUACGCACAUUGCGCGUUCGUAUGCUGGAUGGCGCCGUAAAGACGAUACUCGUCGACGACUCACAGCCGGUGUCGCAGCUAAUGGUGGUCAUUUGCACUAAAAUCGGCAUUACCAACCAUGAGGAGUAUGGCUUGGUGCGCGAGGACACCGAGGCGCAGAAUGAGAACUUGCCGGACAAUAAGUUUGGCACACUGACGUUGCGCCGCAAAUUCACCGAAAAGGAUCGCGAUGCAAAGAUGGAGAGUUUACGUAGGAAGCUGAAGACCGACGAUGAAAUUAAUUGGGUGGAUGUCGGCAAGACGCUGCGCGAACAGGGCAUCGAUGAAUCGGAAACUGUUUUGCUGCGUCGUCGCUUCUUCUUCUCGGAUCAAAAUAUUGACUCACGUGACCCGGUACAAUUGAAUUUGCUGUACGUGCAGGCACGUGACGCCAUCCUAGAUGGCACACAUCCAGUAACGCAGGAGAAAGCAUGUGAAUUUGCUGGCAUCCAAGUGCAUAUACAAUUCGGGCCACACAACGAAGCGAAACAUAAGCCUGGAUUUUUAGAUUUAAAGGACUUCUUGCCGCAGUCGUAUGUUCGUGUGAAGAACAUAGAAAAGAAAAUAUUUGCUGAGCACAAGAAACACGUCGCUCUUACAGAAAUCGACGCCAAGGUGUUGUACACGAAAACGGCACGUGAGCUGCCUACCUAUGGUGUAACUUUCUUCUUGGUGAAGGAGAAAAUGAAUGGACGCAAUAAGUUGGUGCCGCGUCUAUUGGGUGUGACCAAGGAUUCGGUGUUGCGUCUGGAUGAGCGCACCAAGGAAAUUCUGGUAUCGUGGCCGUUGACAACAGUGCGCCGUUGGGGCGCUUCGCCGAAUACCUUCACUUUGGAUUUCGGUGAUUAUGCCAAUCAGUACUACUCGGUGCAGACGACUGAGGCUGAGCAGAUUGUACAGCUGAUAGCUGGUUAUAUUGAUAUUAUUUUGAAGAAGAAGCAGACUAAGGACCAUUUUGGCAUCGAGGGCGACGAGGGCUCCACUAUGGUGGAAGAGUCAGUUGCGCCCUCAAAAGCAACAUUUUUGCAACAUGAAACGAAUAAAAUUGGUAAAAUUAACACCGAAUCACUGGCACAUCCAGAAAUUCUACGUGCGUCAGAUGGCGAAAGAAAAUACACCCAAGGCGAAGUACAAACAGUUCAAUAUGGAGCCUUCGUUGGGCAAGUUAACCACGCCCAUCAACCGCCAACGACGAAGGAAGUGCGCAUAAGCACAGUGAACCUGACAGAACCGCAGCGCGCUCUACUUGGUUACAUCUCGGCCGGUCAGGACGUUUUGAUGCGCGCUGAUGAAGAGCUAAGAACAAAGGCUCCCAUACAAGAAUUGGGUACCGACUUGAGAUCAAUCGAGUGGCGUGAGAAUACGUUGGAUACUUCCAAGCAGGCUGUUACUAGUCACGUUGCCACUAUGAACGCGGCUACCGCACAAAUAAUUACGGCUUCCCAACUGGACGAAGUCGACACGGAGGCCAUUUCCGCGUCCGUUUCGCAGAUAACUCAGACAAUUCCGGAGGUUACUAAGGAGGUGCGUUUAAUCGCUGCUCUCAUGGAGGACAGCAACAAUGGCGAUCGAUUGCUUGAUGCAGCUCGCAAUCUAUGCAAUGCUUUCAGCGAUUUGCUGAAGGCCGCUGAACCGGAGAGCAAAGAACCAACGCAGAGUCUGAUCAAUGCCGCUAGCCGCGUCGGCGAAGCAACCACGCAUGUGCUCAGCACCAUAGCUGAGGAAGAAGUGCCUGAGAAUAGUGAU